AUGUCUUUACCACAAACUUGGGUAUUCAAAGUCAAGGCAAUUGACAAACCAGACGACUAUGAUGUCCAGUUUACCAAACACGGAUACCCACAUACCUUUAUACCCGUCCUCGACCACAAAUCAACCUCUCUUCAGACCCUGGCAGAAAUCUUUUCACUAGGCCCUAUUCACUGCAACCAUCUCGGUCUAGUCAUAACCUCCCAGCGAGCAGUCGAAACCAUCUCAAGGGUACUCUGGACCCUAAAUCUUUCCCCUGAAGUCAGGGCUGCCUGGUCUGCCUUACCGAUCUUUGUAGUCGGGCCACGUACGGCAAAUGAUUUGCGCCAAAUCGCCUUGUUUUCCAACUCAAACCUGACGAUUGCUGACAUGGCCACAGAACUCUGUGACGCAAUUGAAGCCAGAUACCCGAACCACAAAGAUCAGUCAAUCAACCAAUCCCUAUUGUUCCUCUCGGGUGAUAAGCGACGAGAUGUAAUUCCACGUCGCAUGGCAAAGGCAUCAAUCAAGGUCCAUGAAAUCAAAGCCUACGAAACCUGUCCACACCCUUUGUUAGACCAGAGUUUGCGUGACAUCAAUCCAUCUCCAGAGGACUGGGCUGUCUAUUUCAGUCCCUCGGGAAUUCGUUAUGUUUGCCAGUCUAUCAAACAAUUGCCAAUCACCAAAUUGGCUGCUAUCGGGCCUACCACUGCAGAGUACCUAGAAAAAGAACUUGGUCUGAAAGUACACGUGGUGGCUGAUCACCCUGAUGCAGUCCAUUUAGUCAAUUCAAUGGCUACUUAUGACGCCAGCUCAACCUAA